AUGCAAAAGUUACAAGACAGUGUGUUUUCUAUAGUUAAGACGACAAAUUUGUCGCCUGCAGUGUUUAGUUUUUUGCAACCGACGGAGGAUUUCUCAGAUAAGACACCUCUUGGCGGGAUUUUGAAGGACACCAAGCAUGGCUGGCUGGCUUUGGGUCCGAAAUUCUGUGUGGUUGAUCUUAGAACCGGGUUGAAAGUAGCAGCGCGAACAUUUGGUGCUCCACAGAGCAAUAUCAACACAUUUGUAACUAGUGUAGUGGAGCUACCUAGACCAUUAACCUCAAACUCCGUACAGCUCAUUAUCAGCUUGCAAUGUGAUGAAGCUGGUAUGAUCUGUGUCCUCCAUGUCAAUGGCUCACAGAUACUUCGCUGCAUACAAACCGAAGUGGUUGUCACGGAGUUAGCGGUGUGGGAUAGAAUACCCGAUGGACCACUCACAUGUUUUGACGGAGUGGUCAUGGCUGGAACGAAGAGUGGAGAGAUAUUUGCUUUUGAUUUACAUAGAGCUGGUUUGAUGCAAGCAUUGAAAGACAUCUCGCAAGGUUACGAAAACUUAGUUCUGAAUGAAACAAAUCCAGCCAACCUGAGCUUCUUACAAUUCAGUGCAAUUCAUCGUAUUAGAGAACAAAGAGAAUUAGCAUUAGAAAACUGUGAUCACUUAGCUAUCCUACUGAAUGAAAACUCCUUAGUAGACGGCCAAUACAUAUUCCGUAACCCGGACGGUUCAGUACGCAUGAAGGCCAAGAGAGAUCAUAUUCGUGUGACCGUUCUACAGUACAUUCCGCAAUUGGGCAGUCUGGCAGUCGGUUACAACUUUGGAGCAUUCCAGAUUUGGAACAUUAUGACUUUGGAUUUGGAAUUUACAUCGCAAGUCAAUGUUGAAUGCUUGCCGGUUACACAUUUCGGAUUUCAGGAGCCCUGUGAUGAUCCUCGAGCAUUUUGCUACCUAUGGGUGGUAUUCUCAGUGAUAGACAGGUUUGAAGAAGAGGAGUUUCCACUGGCUGUGAUGUACUCCCUCACUUACCAAGGCAAGAGGAUGCUGUCUGACACUAAGUGUCUUUAUCAGGAAUUUUCCACUGCAACAAUAAGAUUUCAACUCGAGUUGAGUACAGUUGAUGAGUCUGCGUUACUUGGCGGGAAGUGUGUGUCUUGUCAUACUUAUUCUGUCAACUCUACACUUGCAGCUGAGGGCGAAGAGAGUAUGUUAAACAUUUGUCAGGUUGUGUGGGAGUGUUGGGGCGAGAAUGCCAACUCCUCAACUCAGUAUGGAAUGCUCCUGUUUGAUUUAGAUCAGUGGUACAAAGAUCAAAUGCCAGCGACGUGGCGCCUCGAGAGCACCGCGUUCAUGAGCGUGACGUGGUGCGGCGAGCUGACCGCGGCCGACUGCGUGACGCUGGACGUGCGGCUGGCGCCCGCCUCCGUGGCCGUCUACUCGCACGCCACACGGCUUGAAGAGCAUUUCUAUCCUAAUUCUUUGCAGUACAACUGUAUCUGCCUGAAUACGUCAGAAGCAUGCGUGCUGGGCACGGUGGGCAUCCAGCGCCAGAUCGUGGCGUCUUUGGACGAGGUGGGCCCCACCGCGCUACUCAACCCCACGCGCCUCUACAACGCAUGCGUCACUGCGGGCCUGACGCCUCUAUACGUGCACACGUACUCCACGAAUGUUAGCUUGGAGGAACAACGCCGAUAUCUGCUGUCAGUAUGCUUAGAAGGCCGACUGUCCCGCCUCCUGAAGCGCUGCGCCCACGACUGGGCCACCGGCACCCACGCGGGGGCUGGCUGCACGCUGCCCUUCCUAGUAGACUGGAGCUGGAAGCGAGCUAUAGAACUAAAGGAGAAUGCCAAAGAACUCACUGCUCCUUUGUUCUCGUCUUCUGCUUUGCCUGAUAGGAACGUAGUACGUUGCCUCGAGCACUGCGUACAACAACUGACACAGCUGACUGGUCUACUGGAUGCCGUGCUUACCAAGUGCUGCAAUCUUAUUAUACCUGAUGCGUUGAGUGAGAUAGAAGAGAAAUACAAAGGCAUAGGCACUGUAUCCCUAUACUUCCAAGUAGUACAAUGGUUUCUACGCGUCGGAUUGUUGCCUGAGCGACAUGACGCAUUCAACGCUCUACCUUAUCCUGCACCGCAGUUGUAUUCAAUCUAUAAUAAAAGGCGUCUGAAACUGAAUCGUUUGCAAGACAACGCGCCUACAGAUGAGAAUGAAGCUAACAAGCCUUGUUCUCUUUUAUACAUUGACCAGCUCAUUGAACAAGAGUUUGGUGGGGAGAGGACGCAUCAGUUAUGGAUAAAAGGCGGCAGUCAAUGCAACGGUCUCUACCCGCCUCCGUCUCUAUACUCUCUACUCCGUCUCUACUUACUGCCGGAUAUCGCGGAGGAACACAAACAUUCUCUAGUGCUAUAUCUACUUGUGGACUAUUCUAUGGUAUACGAUGAAGUUAGGUAUGAGGCUGUGAUCCGUAGACUAAUGCAGUUCCCCACAAUGUUUGGUCUCAGUAACACGGCUAUAAAGGCUACCCAGGCCUUCUGGCAUCUAGACCACAGGGACUUUGACUUCGCCCUCGACCAACUCCAAUGUCUAACAGGCAACACCCUCUCAGACUGGCAACACAACGUAGUACUAUCAACAUUGCUAGCACAGAAAAAGACUCAGGCGGCGCUUCAAUACCUUCAUGUCAGGAAGCCAGCACCAAUCCAAAACAUUCGCGAUAGAGAUGGAGAUAUAGCGACCUGCUCUAUUAGAGUCAACGACCAUGACAAAUUAGAAGAUUGGCAGUCUUGUUGCAAUCUUUACUUGGCAAGAGGUCUUGUGUUUGAAGCUCUCGAUGUGAUCAGAAUGUGUGUCAUGAAUGCGGGCUGUGUUGAAGAUAAAGUCACUGUUAUGCAGUAUUUUUUCAAAGGUUGUAGAAACACAGGGAACUUGUCGAAGAUACUGCAAGUGACGAUGUCGCCGUUCGAAGAGGAGAUGUUUGUGAAGUAUUUGGAGGAUUGCAACGAAGCUCAUACAUCUGAUAUACUUGUCAUGUAUCACUUGCAACAGUCGAGAUACCUGGAAGCCGAGCGGUACAACAACAAGCUGAAGCAGUGGCGCGCGCGCGAGGUGUCCCGGUCGGCCGAGUCCCUGCUGGAGCUGGCCGAGCGCGACAGUGCGCGCGACGCGCUCGUGCACGUCGCGCGCGCCGCGCUGCCCGCCAUCUCCGCCACCGUCGCGCACUACGCGCUCGACUCCGCCGACGUGGAGCCGCACGUGAUCGCACCAAAACCAAUGUCGGUAUUCGUAAAGGCGAAAUCACCGAAAAAUACGUUCACAUACAAAUCAUCGUUCAUACAGGAUACCAUAGAGAAUGCUAGCGAGACGUGGGUAAAUAAGCCUAAGAUGCGCAGGGGCAUUAAACGCGCGCUCAAUAUUGAAGAGACGCCUUUUAUUUGCACGCCGAAGUUGAAUAGGACUAGAAGCAUUUUAGCAACAGAACAGAAAGCCUCAGAAUCCACGCCUCCAAAGCGGGCCAGGUUAGACCUGUCAGGGACCCCGAGGACUCCCAAGAUGGGAUCAUUCCGUGUGAGUGAGAAGCUCAGUAGUCAGAUGGCGACACUCCUGGACAUGCCGGAUGUACAGAGUCCUGAAUGCAAGCUGUAUACUGAGAGGGCUGGUACUCCACAUAGUAUAUUGAAGACAAGACGUACAGAUGACAUGGACCGCGAGGCCCCGUCGCCGGUGGACUCCCGCUACUUGGGCGACAGUGACGACGAGCUAUUGGAGACUGCCAGCAACCACACACACUACAGUGAUUCCACUAACAAGCAUCUUCGCUUCACGAUUCCUACUGCAUCGGAGUCUGGAUCGACGCCGUCACCGCCAACGAACACACAACCUCAACAGCGAGAGAAAGAGAUGGAGAACUCCAGUUUAACAAGAGAGAAAGAGAUGGAGAACGCCACUUUAACGAGAGAGAAAGAGAUGGAGAACUCAACGUUAACGAGAGAGAAAGAGAUGGAUGUAUCUAUUGACAGCUUUGUUACCACUACGUCUCAUGCUAUGACUGAAACACACCCAAUGGAAUCGCCUCCUAAGAGGCUUGCCACAGAGGAGUCCGUGAAAGGAAGGAAAUCUUUCAAAGAUACAGUGCGCGCCAGACGCUCCCUCUCUCUAUCCGUGAACAGUAGUCUGUCAGACGAUCCUAACACAUCCAUCGAGAGCAUCGCAGACAUACCGGUCACUCUCAUCAACCCUAGAUAUUCAGGCGAAAAACGACACUACCACUCAUACAAUAAGGAACAAGAUUUUGAACACACCGUUAUCGAGACUGUGUCUGAAUCUCAAAUGACGGAACCUGCCGAAGUGUCCCGAGAAGUGCCGAAGACGCCGCGCGGGAGACGGGGUAUUAGAGCCAGUGGGGGGGAAAGUACGCCGCUCAGGACAAGUCGCAAUGUGACUCCGGAACGAGUAGAUUCUCCUGUCGCUACCUCAUUGCGCGGUUCCAGAAUAACCAGGAGUAGGUCUCGUACUCCAGAGUUGAGUCCCCGUACGUCCCCCCUGGCCCCAAUCCCCGAGCUGCCUCGCCAUGAAGCCCACAGUGAACCUCAUCCUGAGAAAACUACUCUCAGCAUCCCGAGACGGCUCAGGAGUAGAUCCCGAACACCAGAUCGUGUAGAUAAAGCAGUGUCGGAGUCUCCAAAACUAGAAGCCAUCACAGAGUCUCCGACCAAGUCUACUAACACUGAGUCGUCAUCAUCUUCCUCGCCCACACCACGUAGUCUAAGGAGCCGUUCACGAACUCCCGAAAUAGAAGUGGUGCAAGAAAUCGUAGCCAAGCCGUCACCACGCAGUCUGAGGAGUCGCUCCAAAACACCAGAAAGGCAAAUGUCACCCAAAAUAGAAUCGCCAGCACGAAGCAAGCAAGCAAAGCCGUCCCUAUCUCGCAAGGCUUUCGAAAACAUCUUAUCAGCUAAAGUGAAGCAAGCCGACAAAAUGGACACAGAGAGCCUUGAAGAUAAACCAGAAAUAUCUAUCGAGUGCACUCCAAUGAAGACAUUGAAACAAGUUCCGAACUUAAUGGACGUCACCCUCUCUCCCAUAGUCAACAAAUCAGUACUACAGAGUUCCACUGACUCCACAAUACUAGAAACUGUAGAAAAAGAAGUCAAGACUGACAAAAGUGUGUUGGAAACUGACCUUAAACCGUUCCCAGCAUUCACAACUCUCCACGAAACUUGCAUCGAGAAAUCAGUUCUACACAGCUACCAAAGCAGUGUAGCAGAAAUAACGGAUACUUCAAUUAAUAUUCGCGAAGAAAAAGUCGUUGUAGAAAAGAGCGAGAUGAGUGUCUUAAAACCUUUACCGGCGUUCACUUUGAACGAAACAGAGUUUGACAAAUCAGUACUAAAAAGCUAUCAAAGUAGUGUGGCCGACGAAUCGAGCGUUCAAGAAGAAAAGGAAACUGAAGUUGAUAACAACACGUCCAAACCGUUUGCUGCCUUCGUGCAAAUGAUACAAACUGAUUUUGAGAACUCAGUUCUACAUAGUGCUGAAAGCAGUGUCGCUGAAGCGUCCCAAUUAAAGGACGAUUCUAAAGUCCAAGAAGCGUCAAGUCUCAUGACAAAUGAUAGCGACGUCGACAUCGAAAUGGAGGAAAAUGUAGAUAAUAAGAAAUCGGCAGCAGAACAGAAAGAGAAAGAGAAGAUAGUGGAGAUUGAGAGGGAGAUAGAUGAGAUUCAAGAUAUGUCUGAUGAAGAUGAUCAGGAUGCUGGUGAGAGUUCUGGGGAUGAGGGAGAAGAUGAAGGAGAAUCAGGCAGUGAGGCAUCUGAUGAUGAGAUUGAGUCAAGUACAUCAAACGAAAGAAUAGAAGAAAACGACGAAGUUAUUUCCAUAGAAGAUUCGGACGAUUCUAGCGAUAAACUACAAAUUGAUGAGAAAUCUAAAGACAGUCGGAAAUCUGAAGAACGGAAUGUUAAUAUUGAAACACAAGAUAAAGGAACAGUACAAGAUGAAAUUAUUAGUGAAGAUGUUCUUCAAGUCGGAAGUACGGAUAAGUUCAAUCAAGCUAACUUCUCACUUAUGACUGAUGAUAAUUCUAUUGCGUCUGAUAAGUCCGAUUUGAACUUGAACUAUUCUGGUGAGAGUGGGAAGACCAAUGUUAGUGAUGUGAAGGUGGAGGCUGUCGAAAAAGAACCAAUCGUCGAAAUGGAAGUUAGAUCUUCAGAAAACAAAGAGAAAGAACCCACACCUGAACCAACUAAAGUAGACAGCACAACACAAGUUGAAACUCCAAACGAUGUUGACGUAGAAAUCAUAGAAAUCGAACAAGAACCAACAAGCGAUAAAGCAAAGGAAUCAGAAAAGGUUGAGAACAUUCCAGAAACUGAAGUAGUAGAAGAAGUUGUAGAAGUUCCUAUUGUCACUAAAGUACCAGAAACAACUGAACAAGAAACAAAAGACGUACAAAAAGAAACCGAAGAAGAGAAAACAGAAGAACAGGCAGUGGAAAAAGAAGUAGAACAACCAACGCGUUCUAGGAAACGUGGCAAGUCUACGUCAUCAAACAUAUCUGCUACAGAAGAGAUACCUUCAAUAGAUACUGAGGUUAAAACUCCAGCAACAAGAAAACGUACUCAAUCAACAGCCUCAAACAAAUCUAUGGACGCAGAGCAAAAAACUCCAGAAAGCGCCAAGUCUGAAGUAACAACGCCGUCAAGACGACGAGCGAAAACCCCAACCAGCGCCGAAGUUAGAAAAAUUAUCACUAGAAGGGUUUCAAGAGAGAUGUCGGAAAAACACGAUGACUCGAAAGCCUUAGACGAAUCUAUCUCCACCCCUAAAAGACGCUCCAAUCGGUCCCGAAGCAAAAACUUUGAUGACAAUGAAAGCGUUGCUUCAGAAAGUUCUAUAGCCUCAAUUAGAAGUAAGGCCAGUGAAGAUGCCGGUGAUAGGGCUGUUAGGAAAGGCCGUAAGUCCGUCCUCGCUAGUAAGCCUGAACUGUCUGUGAUACCUGAAGUGACUGUUGAGGAUAACUCCAAAAUGGAAGCUGAGAAUGUUAUCAGCGAAUAUUCUAGUGCUAGAAGACUGACUCGCCACCAAAAAGCGGUGCUAGAAUCGUGGCUAGAACCUCAGCCACACGCUUCGCCUCGUCGUCGUUUGAGCACAGCGUCGCGUACGUCACGUACGUCACAUACGUCACGCUCGGUCGCCUCGGAGGCGGACGAUGAUGACGCCUCGUCGACUCACUCGGCCGCCUUCGAUGUCCAGCCUAUUGAUCGAAUCAGUUUACUUAAUAAAACUGACUUUGAAGGCACGACGGAUCUCGACGAAAUGCAGACCAAUCUGUCGCCAGAGUCUCUCGCGUCAGACGCCAGCAAACAACGCAGAGCGCGUCUCGGCAGGGCUGCCUCAGAAACCAAAGUGACGCCUCGUGCAGCCAAAAUCAAUAGGAGGAUAUCUGUUGACGUUGCGGACGGUCCAGACAGUUCUCCAGUGCCGAUGGGGUCUGAGAGUCCAGCGCGCGGCCGCCGCAAGUCAUUUAACCGCGCGUGUGAAGCACUACACACGCCUAAAGGCAGGCGGACUUCUACUGACCUUAGGAAAGGAGACGCGGAGAGUCCGAUUGAGUCGCCGGUAGUGUCAGAGAGCGAGGCGGUGACCCCAGCGAGGCGGACGAGACGCGCCGCCUCCACCGUGUCUAAUACUAGCCAAGCUAACUCCGAGACGGGGAAAAGGUCAAAGAAAACUGUUCUAGAUGAAAGUAAGGACACAAAAAAGAAAUAA